CGCUAGCCAUGAAUCCUUAAGCCGAGCGAUUCGUUUUGAUUAGUUUUUAACCAGUAGAACCCAGUUGGUUAUACAUUUUGGUUAGCUAUGCGUUCCUUUUAAUUACGCGGUUUAAUGUGUUAAGACAAUACCAAUUUUUUUUCCAUUAACGUUGGUCAAUUAUUUUGGGAACAAUAACAUGUCGACUGCCGUGGACUUCCAUACUCAGAUCGCCUCAAUUAUGGAGGCGCUGGCCAACGCGGCUGUGGCUGAAAUCUGCAAAGUUGUAGACGAUGGAUAUGCGGUGGUCCAUUUGGAAAUGUCUCAGGGUCAGAAGGAGAACGAAUUUCUUCGUAGAAAAAUCAAAUUGUUGGAGCUGCAGAUCUCCAGGUACCGAGCGGAGAGGAUGAAGGGUCUGGACGGGUCCGCUCGUCUCCCCGGGGUGCGCCUUCUGAACCGACAGCAUCGGGAGACAUUGACAUCAGGAUCUUCACUCCAGGGAAGGACCAGAUUUCUUAACAGGGGUCUAGGAUCGCAACAGUCUCAACAGAAAACCCAACCCAUUAACCUGGAUCAGGACCCUGAUCAGGAGGUGGUCACUACCACUAAAACUGAGGCAGCAGAGCCUGAGAAACAGGACAAUGGGGAACUCCGGAUUGUCAAAGUGGAAGGGGCUGUGGAGACCAGAAAAUCCAAAGAGGAAACAGUAGCAGAUGGCUGUGUCAGCACCAGAGUAGGAGACAGCAUCACAUCACCUAUUGGUGGCCUGGAGAAUCUCACAGAUGUAGAGACAACAGGAUGUAGCACUGAAACGGAGGUCAGUGGAUCCAACAUCAUCACCUUUGUUGUUGGCCAAUCUGACAAAGACAACAUCAGCAGUGACAUUACCCAUAAUGUACUGUUGGAAUUAACAGGAGGUGGUGUCAGAGCAGGGGAGUGUCUUCCAAUAAAUGGGGAAAUUGACGCAAUACCAUGCAGCAAUGACAAGGAAGAACUGGAGAACACGCUAAAUUAUGCUUUACCUCAGGUGUGGGCAAACGUGUCCACACAUAUUAAUGAUGCAUCAGCUCACCGUGCUGUUGUAAAGGCCUCAGAGAAUGUUUCAUUGUGGCCUGAACGACAGUGUAAUGAUUUUGCAUCAGAUAACAGUGUCAGUUGCAACACCGCCAUAAGCAGCAUCAGUUCUAAGUCUUCUGUGUCAGACGUGAUAGUAAUUGAUGAUGGGGCAACUUCAGACAAGAAAGGAAAAAAAAUUCACCGUUCAGAUGUACGGAAAAAUAUGAUAGAAAAGACAAAUAGACUAAUAAAAAGUGAUGAUGAAGUUGUCUUACCUAAGACUCAGCAUGUUCAGAUUGAAUUGGUGGGAAAAAGCUCAGUUCAGUUAAAAUUACCUGACCAGGCUGGGUCAGUGUUUGGCCCACAUGAUGGUCCAGGAACCUCUAGUGGUAUAACUACCCCCCAUUAUACCACCACUGAUGACACACAUAAGGCCAGGAACCAGGAAAACACAACAGCCCACCUCAGUCACUUGGAAAGAACAGGACGGGAUCAUUAUUCGAAUAAUUCAUCACAUGUAGCUUUGGGUCACCCUGUCAGCCCUCUGAGCCAAAGGCUAUCUCAUAAUGCCAGAAGCUUAAGCUACCAAAAACCCAACCAUUCAGGUAAAUCCAACCAAAGACCCCCUUUUUACUCAAGUGGUGAUCACCUAGCUCGCAUCCACACUGCAAUGGAGAGGCCGUACGGCUGUACCAUCUGCACUAAAGGCUUCUAUCUAGAGGCAGAUUUGCAUAAACACAUGGCACGCCACACCAGGGAGAAACCUCACAUCUGUGAGAUAUGUGGCAAGAGCUUUGUGUGCCAAAGCCAACUGGACAUCCACAAGAAUGGUCAAAUCCUGCAAAGUCUGAAAAGCCUGAAUAGCCGUAGGUGCAAGGAGGAGAACCUGGAGGAAGUACAAGAGGACUCCAUCGUAGCAGAACCGGAAGGCAAGCACAGUCCUUCUACAGUACUGCGGAGAUAUCCCAGUAGCGGUAAAACUGAAGGCAAAGAGCAGCCAUCUUGCUCUAUCUAUGAAUCAGAAACAAUAUCUGAAAGCUCUUCAACAUCGUCCAUUACCCAAACAAAUUCAAAUCUCCCCUUCAGUUUCCCCUCUGAUCCCACGAGUGCUAAAAGAAUUAAUCUUCAGGAAACCACACAGUUUGAUAUCAUUGUAAUUGACUCACUUCCUGAUAAAAUGGAUGACAUGUGUGAUGUCCCAUUGUCAUGCAUACAAAGUGGCGAAGGAGGAACUGCCUCUCGGGGAGGAAGGAAUGAAGUGCAAAGAGGAGGAGGGGACAUAACAUCCCUACAGAAUCAGAGUGAUGCCAAUGCUAGGUGUCAGUAUCAGCCACUUCCUUAUGUUCAAGUAAAAGGCACACAGAACUCACCCAAUGAAGUGAUGUUCAACACUAACAGGACAUACAAUAAUUGCCUCCCAACUUUCAAGAAUCCCUCUGUCACUCCCACUGUCCCAAUAGGAACAGUGGAAUCCCAGGAACAGCAAACAUCACCUCUUUGGUCUGAUAUCCAGCAGAUGCCUGACAAUCUCUCUCACCUCAGUACUAAUCAUCCACCAAGCACCAUUCAAAUGCAGAACAUUCAACCUUCCACUAGUCAAAACCAAGACUCUAACCUAGGAGACUGUCAGUCACAGUCCCAAAAGCAGCAGCUCUGCCUCCCUUAUGGUUGUGCCUUCUGUUCACGUCGGUAUGCCCACUUGUGCCAGCUGCGGAUACACGAACGUGUCCACACUGGGGAGAAACCUUACCAGUGUGCCCAGUGUGGAAAGAGCUUUGCCCAGUAUUGCAGCCUCAAACGGCACCAGAUGGUCCACACGGGCGAAAGGCCAUAUCGCUGCGCACAAUGUGGGAAGCAGUUCUCCACUUCCAACAAUUUGAAGGUCCACCAGAGUGUUCACACUGGAGAGAAGAGGUUUCACUGUUCACGGUGUGGAAAGAACUUCUCUUUUCUUAGUAACCUCAUCAGACACCAGACUAUACAUGCUGCCAAGAAGAAUUGA